CUUCUUUACUUUCAAGAAUAAGCAUAGCCUUUUUUCUUUGUAUUCACCAAUGGCUCCAAGUUUUGAAGAUGGUAACUCUCUUUUUAACUUUGUUGUCCGGGAUGGAAAUGGUGUCAAAGGAAUGGUGGAUUUAGGGUUAUCGAAGGUGCCACAGGCUUACAUGCAACCACCAAAAGAGCGAAUAGUCAAAGAAGACUCGAGAAAACAUGGACAGCCUCCGAUCGAUUUGUCGAAGCUAGAUGGCCCUGACCAUGAUGAAGUGGCCAAGGAGAUUGUUAGAGCUGCUGAGACUCUUGGUUUCUUCCAAGUUGUCAACCAUGCAGUCCCUGUUGAUCUACUCGAGUCCCUUAAGGACACUGCACAUAACUUCUUCAGCUUGCCCCCUGAAAGGAAGGCUGUUUAUCGUUCAGAAGUUAGUCCAACUCCAUUAGUGAAGUAUGGGACGAGCUUUGUACCGGAGAAAGAGAAGGCAUUGGAAUGGAAAGAUUAUAUCAGCAUGCAAUACACUAACGACGCUGAAGCUCUUGAGCAUUGGCCUGUAGAGAUUAGGGACGUGGCACUUGAGUUCCUGAGGACAUCAAUCAAUAUGGUGAGAAAAUUGCUUGAAGUUUUGUUGGGAAAUUUAGGGGUGAAACCUGAAGACUCAAUGAUUGAUGUACUCAUUGACAAGAAGAUGGUUAAUAUGAACUACUAUCCAACAUGUCCCGAUCCCGAUCUUACCAUAGGAGUGGGGCGUCACUCUGAUAUGGGCACACUUACAGUCUUGUUACAAGAUGGAAUUGGGGGUUUAUAUGUGAAAAUUGAAGAAGAUGCGGAUUUUGGAAAGAAGGGAGAGUGGGUAGAGAUCCCUCCUAUUCCUGGUGCCUUGGUUAUCAAUGUUGGUGAUAUGUUACAGAUACUAAGCAAUGGAAAAUACAGAAGUGCAGAGCACAGAGUUCGUACCACAAGUACAAAAUCAAGGGUGUCGAUACCCAUUUUUACGAUACCAAAACCAACACAAAAGAUUGCACCUUUGCCUCAGGUGGUAAAGAAAGAUGGAAUUGCUCUUUAUAGAGAGUUUGUGCUGAUUGAUUACAUGAAGAAUUUUUUUGGAAAUGCACAUGAUGGCAAGAAGUCGCUUGAUUUUGCCAAAAUUGAUGCUGCUUGAUUGGGAUUUAAGAAAACUCAAUUUGCGUGAUUGUUUUUGUUAA